AAAAUAGAGCGCGUAGGAUAAUCCCUGAAGUUCGCAAUGGCAAAUGUGGGGCGGUGGGCUUCGCGCUCUGUGAGCGCCUACAAGACUGCGCGAUGCAGCUGUCGCACAUACUCGACUGGGCCAUUAAAGAGCGCGGUGGGGACACUGUAUUCGGCCUGUAAGCGGGUAAUGGACAACGCCGACCAACUGGCCAAGUACGAAAAGGAGCUACAGCUUUUCCCCGCUGACACCAACCCAGCGUCGCUCUGGUGGACGAUGGUGCAGCUGCACAUGCCCCAGAAGACAGAGAUCGAGCUCGUCGAGUUCCUAGAAGGCGCCAAAAUGGCGGCCAAGACGCAACUCAAGGCAGUCAACUCGAAAGAGUUCGCAGAAUACGCGGCUGGACUAACAGAUGAGUCGAAAGCUGCGGACGAACUGAGUUACUACUGCACUCCGAGGUUCUUUGAGAACUUGAAAGAGGCUGCGGCGGGUACAUUGAAGGACAAGAAUAUGACACUAGAGCUGCAGGAAAUUAACAUUGAGAGCAUCGUAGUGACCGAUGUGAGGUACGCGCAGUUGACUCAGACGGAGUAUGAAGCGCAGACCGCGGGACUCGCAGUUCUCCCGUUUCUUUGGGCGUCCGACGCCACGAUUGAGUACAUGCAAAUUCACGUGAGGACUAGGAGUCUUGAGACCACAAAGAUGACGCUUAUCGGUGAGGAGGAAUGUCUCGCACUGCAAGACAAUUCGCGUACGUGGACGUUUGGAAGCAAAGUCGGCAGCUUGGAGGAACUGGAGUGGCGUAUUGUGAAUACUGUUGGGGCGAAUAAUGAUGCCAAGCAGCUUUCGCGUACGGUGUACGCUGACCAACUUGAUGAGGGUAAACGGGAUGAUAGACACGUCUAGAAGUUGAUAUACACUACCAAUAAUUUUUUUAUACAAAUAAGUGUCACUAUUA